AUAUCUGUUUCGAUCAUGAUGGACAAGUCAUUGACAUUAUGGUUGACAACCAUUAUGACUGUGAUGUUGUUGGCCACAUCAUCAUUGCCAUUGACAUCAGCGACUUAUAGUAUUAAAGAAUCAGAUGCAGGCAAACCAAUAAUCACUGGAAUACAUAAAGGUUAUGGAGACUCUGGUCUACCCGAUGUUGACAGUCUCAACUAUGACCUGGCACUAGUCCGUUUCGUAACCAACUACACCCUCACUGCCAACACCACCCUCGUCCUAUCCUACGUAUACGAUGCCUGUUACAAUUGCAUGUAUCAACCCUUGAUAUCAAUGACCAAUCAAUCAACUAGUUAUAUACAACUGGCUACACCAUUUGGAUACAGGAUCAAUGCUACUGUGUAUGACAGGGACAAUCACGUGAUAUCAUUGUCACAACCAUUAUCUUAUGAGUUUGGCGAGAGAGGCGUGUAUGAUAUCAACAUCUUGUUGAUAGUCAAUCAGGCCUCCAAGUUCAUGACAAGCAGCGUCGAGGUGCAGCUGCAGCCCGUCAACCCAUUCAUCCCGAUCGCCGUCGCCUUUGCCAUCUUCUUCUUCCUGGCAUUGGUGUGGGUGUUUGCGCUGUACCGCUACCGCGCCUACAAGGCCGAGUCGCUCGAGUACCAGCUGCAGCAGAUCGAGGUGUCGGUCGAGCCCAAGAAGGACCGUCUGCGCUCACUGGACGCCUUCCGUGGCUUCUCAAUCACAAUCAUGAUCUUUGUCAACUAUGGUGGUGGCGGCUACUGGUUCUUCAAUCACAGCUACUGGAACGGACUCACUGUGGCCGACCUCGUGUUCCCCUGGUUCGUCUUUAUCAUGGGCGUGGCCAUGCCACUCAGCUUCAAGGCUCUGGAGGCACGCGGCACACCCAAGUCGACUGUGAUCAUCAAGCUGGUUCGUCGCUCCAUCACCUUGUUCCUGCUUGGAAUGUUCCUCAACAACGGCUAUGACCUUGGCCAUUGGCGCAUCCUUGGAGUGCUGCAGCGCUUCGGUGUGUCCUACCUCGUCGUCGGCCUGAUCAUCCUACUUGUGCCCGUCUGGCACACCAGCUACGACGGCUCGCACGAGGAGAGCCAGCUGUUCAUCUCAUCGUCGAUCCAGGACAACCACAAGGCAAGGAAGUCCACAGCUGGCCUCAUCGCUGACAUCAUACCAUACUGGAUACAAUGGGUUGUCGCGCUUCUCGUCCUCACUCUCUGGUUCCUGCUCACAUUCCUCGUCGACGUGCCAGGCUGUGGCCGCGGCUACCUCGGACCAGGCGGUAUCUCUGAUGGAGGCCGCUACCAAAACUGCACGGGUGGUGCUGCAGGCUACAUCGAUCGCAAGAUCUUCACGCUGAACCACAUUUACCAGACGCCCACCUGUCAGCCCAUCUAUGACACGGGCGCGUACGAUCCCGAGGGCACACUGGGCCACCUCACCUCCAUCUUUAUGUGCUGGCUGGGUGUCCAAUGCGGACGCACCUUCCUAACAUUCCGCACCAACUCUGAGCGCAUCGUCCGCUGGAGUGUAUGGGGUCUUGUACUCUGUGCCAUCGCCGCCGGUCUCUGUGGCAUGUCUCAAAAUGGUGGAUGGCUACCAAUCAACAAGAAUCUCUGGACACCAUCCUUUGUCAUACUACUCUCUGGCUUUGCGUUCUGGGUACUAUCAAUCAUGUACCUGCUGGUCGAUGUGUUCAAGGUUUGGAAUGGAGCACCAUUCGUCUAUGUUGGAAUGAAUCCAAUCACUAUAUACAUGGGUCACGAGAUACUUGGUGGAUACUUCCCAUUCUCAUUCUACACUAAUCCAACAACACAUACAUUGUUCAUGUUGUCCAAUUGCAUUGGAGUUGGAUGUUGGUUAGUGAUUGCAUAUAUGAUGUACAGGAACAAGGUAUUCAUCAACAUUUAA